AUGCACUUUGCCUUGCACUUGCUGUCGGCACUAGCCCUGGCGAGCAGCAUCAUAACCGCUCUCGCCGCAACCACCGACCGACCCGCCGUCAAAGACUCCACGAUCCUUCGCUCCACUGCAGGCUGCCCAGCCUGCCCCGAGCAAAACUGUUUGAAAUGCACCCUCGGCUUCCACGAGACCCUCGAGGCCAAAGCGGACGCACAUAACUUCACCCGCACCCUCGUGGGCUUCAAAAUCCCCGUCCUGCCCUCGUCCAUCAUAAAGUGCACCGUGCAAUUCCCGGCAUUCACCCGCCCUUCCCGGGACCCGGUCAACAUCACCGUCGCCGCGGCCAGCUCCCCCGACUGGGACGAAGGCACCGUGACGGGUGAGACAGCACCGGUGUGCGGACCUGUCUUCGCCACUUUCAAUGUGCCAGAGUAUGGCAACCCCCCAGCGCUGGACGUCACGCCUGCGUGUCUCCGGGCGGACGACCAAGGCAGGUUUUCAGUCUACAUUGGCACCGAUGAUGGACGAUUUGAGAUUUGGUCAAAGGACUCGGGGAAUGCGGCGAUCUUGCAUGUUAGCCAUUGA